AUGUGUAUCAACUUUGAAACGGGAAGCAUGCUGGGCCAAUGGAGUGGCAGAGAUUUGCCUCCAUCAGUCAAGUCCACGAGUAACCGUCUGCUAAUAGCCAUGAGGACAGAUGGUUCAGUUGCACAAAAGGGGUUUGCAGCAAACUAUGAUACAACAUGUCGAGAGAGUGGUAAGCCCAGUCCAGUGAUCAUUUGUUUGUACUCAGCCUUUAGUAUUUUCGCUUGA